UCGCCAUAGAAACCCUUAUCUGUUUGCUAUAAUUUGCCCUUAUGUUUCGAUUGUACACAUCAUGCUUACUUAUCAUAAUUUCCAUUAACCUAUUUAGGAAAUAUAUAAUUUGAAAUGGUGUUUUAAAACUAUAUGUUUAGAUUUUUUACAUUUAUUUUAUAGUACAGGCUCUGUUGAAUCUGUUGUUUUCAAUCCCGUGAUCAAAUAACGUUAGUCGUUGCUAGGGCAGCUAGCCCGUUAGCAUGUCGAGUUUUAAACAUAUAUGCAUGCAAAAAUACCUGCUGUUUUUGUCGGCAGCACAUCAUGUGUGAAAUGUACUUACGAUUCGGAUUUAUGGACAAAUUUUAUCCAUAAUAUUCCGUGACACACCGGUCCUCUGUUAGCCAUAUAACUAGCAGGCUGUUUACUCUGUUGACGUACCGACUCAAACAGUCAUACGUGAAUUCUGGGGAUAUUUCAUCUCCUCAUUUUUUGGAAGUGGUUUGGGAAUAAGUGCAAUAUGGACACGAAUGUUCAGAAGAGGCGAGAAAACAAGAAGUCGUUACGGGUUAAGGUUAUUAGUCUGGGAAAUGCCGAGGUGGGAAAGAGCUGCAUUAUUAAACGAUACUGUGAGAAGCGGUUUGUGCCCAAGUAUCUAGCCACUAUUGGGAUAGAUUAUGGCGUAACCAAGGUUCAAGUUCGAGACAGGGAGAUAAAAGUAAACAUUUUUGAUAUGGCUGGACAUCCUUUCUUUUAUGAGGUUCGCAAUGAGUUUUAUAAGGACUCUCAGGGGGUGAUUCUGGUCUAUGAUGUUGGUCUGAGGGAAAGUUUUGAUGCCCUAGACAGCUGGCUCACAGAGAUGAAGCAGGAGAUGGGCUCACAGGCCAACAUGGAGAACAUCAUCUUUGUUGUGUGUGCCAACAAGGUUGACCUGACGAAAAGGCGAGUGGUGGAUGAGAGUGAGGGGAGACUUUGGGCCGAGAGCAGAGGAUUCCAUUACUUUGAAACUUCUGCCCAGAGCGGUGAAGGCAUCAAUGAAAUGUUUCAGGCCUUUUUCUCCUCCAUAACUGACAUGUGUGAAAAUGGAGGGAAGAGACCUACUCCAGAGGUCAACGUAGGUUUUACCAAAGAGCAGGCCGACACCAUCCGACGCAUUCGCAACAGCAAAGACAGCUGGGAUAUGCUGGGGGUUAAACCUGGGGCCACAAGGGAGGAAGUCAACAAGGCAUACAGGAAGCUGGCUGUACUGCUGCACCCGGACAAGUGUGUGGCCCCAGGCAGUGAGGAUGCCUUUAAAGCAGUGGUUAACGCUCGCACGUCCCUCCUCAAGAAUAUCAAUUGAUCAGCUUCACAUUGCCAUUAGUUGGAGUUGGAGUUCCCUUCUCAGUGAAGAUUACGCUUAAGACACAUGGAGAAGCCCGUGGACUCUAACAAAGACUUAGUUACAGAUGAGUUUGAUGUACAGCUAUGGUAUGACAUAGUCACCAAAGUUGUCCUGUUUACUUUAAAAUGUAACAUACAUGUUCAUGUCAAGUUGUGAUAGUGAAAACAAUGCUUUAAGCCCAGAUAAUAUGUACUUCACAUCACCUUAGAGCAUGAGGAUGACUUAGGUGGACCGUUCCUUUUCCCAGUCUGUCCUGCUUUGCUCCCAUAGACAUACAGUUGAAAGACCUUUUAUUUUCCUACUUAUUUGUGAGUCAGAUUUAGCAUUUUAAAUGCUGUUGUUUAAUCCCAAUGCAUCUUGCGAGGAUACCAUAAUCUACAUGGGUGAUUCCCAGUUUCCCCCGUGCUUCACCUUAACGCACUACAAAGAGGAAGGCACCAAACUGAACUGCAACUUAACCAAUACCUUUGCUUCAGUGCAAUUUAACAGUAGGGCUGGGCUUUAAAAAUCCCAAGUCUUGAUGACAUUUGAUGACAGAUUCUGCUAACUAGUGUUUUGAUGAGAAUCAAAUUUGAGGACAAACAUCAAUACAUUUAAAUCAACCUGUUCAAGAACUGUGGUAUUUCAUGCAAAUGCAAUUUGUUAAUUUGACUAAGGUUAUGUACUUUUGGUUAUUAAAUAGGCUUUUUUUUUAAAUAAUGGAUUUACCAAACAUACACUACCGUUCAUAAGUUUAGAGUCAGUACAUUUUUUUAAAGGAAUUAAGAAAGGCUGUGUUAAAUUGAUCAAAGGUGAAAGUACAUUAUACAAGAUAUUUACAUAGUUAUAAAAGAUUUCUAUUGGGAAAGAUUCUAUUCUAUUAAUCUUUUCUGAGAUAUUGAAUAUUGAGGCCGGCUACACAAUACUCGUUCCCUCAUCUAGAGAGAACCGAGGUUACGUUGGGUAACCGAUUCGGUAGCUUGUGUAUAUAUACACAUAUAUAUGGUUGUUUUCUCUACUUUGAACUGUAAUAACCAUGAAAGGAACUCUCUGUGAAUCUGUCACAGUGAUGGUAUCUGAUCCCAGGAUAACGAAAGAAUAAAGGAGCUUUGUUUACACCAACAUUAGAUUAGAUAAAAAUAACGCAGACAAAACUGUUACAUUAGCAGAGCAUUGUAGAUGUGCCAACAUGCAUUAGUUCAACAAUGUUUUGUUUGGCCCUUGUAUAUUAAUAAUAUUCACUGUAAUGCAAGUGUAUCAAAUGUAUUUUUUUAUGGAACCAUGGUGUUUACAACAUGAUGUGGGUUCACAUGUGCAAUCUAACCAUUAUUUAUAUUUUCAAACAAGUUCACGUUUUGUGAUCUCUAUUUCAUGUUUAUUUCGAAGGGCAUUUGAUAAUGUGAUGCCUUAUUCUCUAUGAUAGACUAUGUAAUGUAUCUGAACAAUGUUUGACUGUUGCGUCAUCUGUAGAUGUGAAAAGAUAUUUCAUUAGCUACCCUUACUACACAUUAUCUGGAAUCACCUUUGUUUCCACCUUUUGGUUCAUUGUGUGACAUUGAUAUGUUUGAGUAUAAAAUGUGUUAAAGCAUGAAUAAGAAGCAUGUUUGUGAUUAUGCAGAAAAGAAAGAUGUGGCAAAUGAAUGCCAAGGCCACUGCUCAAUGGGGAAAAGUGUCUCUGUUUUAUGCACAGAAGCAUUCACUUUCUUCAUUCGGCUAAUAUAGCGUAUAAGGAAAGCACCAAACCGAAUAAAGGAAUAAUUUUAAAUCAC